AGCGAAACGCUUUUUCAGUUUCGUUUUCAACGUGCGCGCGCCAACACAUAGCCCGAGAAUAAAUUGGAAAUUUCGAAAAGCCCCCGCAGAACAGCGAGUAUCCAAAAAGCCCCACCUCAUAACCGAUACCCCCAGUAAAAACCACCGAGAGAAAUCAACGCCAAGAUGUCGCACUCAGUGACCAUUACACGUACCACCACCAGCACCACCAAUACCUCGUACAUCGUGCUCAACACGGGCUACCUGAAGUCCUUUCCGGGAAUUCUCAAGCUCUUUGAGCUGAUCAUUGGCGCUGCUAUUGUGGGCAUUCUGGCCUACAACUAUCAGGGAUACCGCAGCUACUUUUACUCUGGACAGCAGGAUCUGUUCCACUUUCUGAUGGCCACCACGUUUAUGAUAGGGACAUUCUGCUUACUGCUCGCCUGCCUCACCUCCCUCAGCACGGGGGGCAUCAUCGCCAAGACGAUUUACGAGCUGAUCUACCACAGUGUCGCUGCCAUCCUGAUCCUGGCCUCCUCCAUCUGCCUGUUGAUUCGUCUGCGCGACGUCAAGCAUGACGGCUACAUGGUGGCCGCUAUCCUGGGACUGGUCAAUGCCGUUCUAUACUUUAUCAGUGCCUUCCUGGCACAUCGGUCCUAUCGCGGCAUCUAAGUUCCAUCCCCGCCCGCAGUCUCACUACCGCACCGACUCACAAAUCGCCUUCAGCGAGUGUUCAAGUAGUAAUCGAAUCUGUAAUCUCGAAGCAUUUGUACGGCGUCGCCGCUUCCCACAUGCCAUAUAUACGAGUCCGUGUAGUAUCCUUCCAUAGAAAAGGAGACGCCGAUAGAGGAGGAGAGAGAUAGAUAGAGGCAGGAGCGAGAGCGAGAGCGCGAACGAGAGAAGGAUUCUUUGUUGUACUGUGAAAUGUUUUUUGGCGCUAGUUACACUUACUUCUACUUACAUAUAUGUAUACAUAUAUAUAUAUAACUUUUUUUUGUCUCACUUUCUUUUAUACCAAACAACUUGUCAUUUAUUGUAUUCGAAUAAAGAUGUGUGUCUAUAUGUUUUUCUACAAAUCA